CGAUGUCAUUGUCAGCUGAUGUCAAAGCAUUUUCAGCUCCAUCAGUGUUGUCAUACUGACGCCUCGUGCCUGAUUUCAGUUCACUCGCUGCUAUGGAGACAGCUGAAGUUGGAGAGAAGAUGGUGUGGCUCGCAUUGUCUUUGGCACUUUUUACAUCUGGACUGGCUCAGUGCACACCGUCUGUUGAGGAUGACACAGGACUGGACCCUGAAGUCAAUAUGAACAUUAGUGAGAUCAUAAGACACUGGGGAUACCCAGCUGAAGAAUUUGAAGUGGUCACCGAGGAUGGCUACAUCCUGAGUGUCAACAGAAUCCCAAAUGGGGUCAAAAGCAAGGCCUGGCAAGAACCCAAACCUGUAGUGUUCCUCCAACAUGGUCUCCUUGCUGCUGGAAGCAACUGGGUGACAAACCUUCCCAACACAAGCCUGGGCUUCAUCCUAGCUGAAGCUGGAUUUGAUGUGUGGAUAGGCAACAGUCGUGGGAACACAUGGUCCAGGAAACAUGUCAGCCUUGACCCCAAAGAGAAAGAAUACUGGGAGUUCAGUCAUGAUGAAAUGGCUAAGAAGGAUCUUCCUGCAGUGAUAAACUUCAUUACAAAGACCACUGGCCAAGAGCAAAUAUUUUAUGUGGGACAUUCCCAGGGAACAACUAUAGCCUUCAUGGCUUUCUCCUCAAUGCCGGAGCUGGCCAGCAAAAUCAAAAUGUUCUUUGCCCUGGCUCCUGUUGCCACUGUGGCAUUGACAAAAAGCCCCAUGACCAAAUUGUCUGUUAUUCCAGAAUUUCUCAUUUGGGAUCUCUUUGGACGAAAAGACUUCUUGCCUCAAAAUGACCUGAUCAAGUUUUUUGCUACCGAGUUCUGCAGCAGGAAGCCUUUGAGUGUGCUGUGUGGAAAUGUCUUCUUUCUCCUCUGCGGUUUUGAUGAGAAGAACUUGAACAUGACCAGAACACCUGUGUACACGACACACUGCCCAGCAGGAACCUCAGUGCAGAACAUGGUUCAGUGGGCUCAGGCUGUAAAAUACGGGAAGCUUAUGGCGUACGAUUAUGGAAAAGCUGGAAAUAUGGCACAUUAUAAUCAGACGAGCCCUCCUCUGUACAACAUACGGGACAUGCUGGUACCCACAGCUCUGUGGUCUGGUGGGCAGGACACGCUGGCAGAUCCUCAGGAUGUGGCUCUGCUGCUCACACAGAUACCUAAAUUGGUGUACCACCGCAACAUCAACCACUGGGAGCACCUGGAUUUCAUCUGGGGCUUAGACGCCCCACAGGAGAUGUACAACAAAAUUAUUGAAUUGAUGAGGCAAUAUGUGUGAAGAGGAGAUUUUCAUCAUAAGGUUUUAAGUUUUUAGCAUUAAUUCAGGUAUGUCUUUUUGUUUGUGCAUGUCCUCUGAGCUAACAUUUGUUUUCUACCACUGGAAAUAUGUAUUCCUGAAUGUAAUGGAUAACUUUGAUCAAGAGAAACAAGGAACUUCUCUUUUUGCAUUCAGUUUUACCUCUAACCAUGAAAUCAAGUGCAUCAUUGUUUGUUCAUGCUGUAAACAAAUGAAGUUAUGUUUAAGGUGCUGGUAAACCUGGUAAUUUUUCAAAUGUCAAGAGACCAAUCUGAGCUGUCACCUAGAGACUGUUACACUCAUGAUCAGGUCACUUGUUCAAUGUGUUCUUCAUUUUAGCUUUUACUAACCACUACUAGUUUAUCUUGCUGUACUGUAACAUUUCAUGACCUGUCUCAUCGUGGUCUUGUCAUGUAAUGAAUCAUAAGUUUUAAUGAGUGUUUUAUGUUAAUCUCUGAUUUUACUGACUUUCUUGUAAGGCUUGUUGAUUACACUGACUAAAGUAUGCCUUAGAUUUUAAUUCUUUGAACUAGUUUGUAAUGUAAACCAUGACUUGAAACUCAAACAUUGAUGAAACAGAUGUGCGCAUACAGAAAGUAACUUUUAUAGUUUUAUUUUUUUCUGAAUACAGGGGUCCUCCUUUUUUUUUAGAUAUUUUAUUUGUGACCUUAAACACAUGGCAUGAAUCAAAUCAUAUGAAUUCCUACAGUAAAAAACAACAUUCACUUAUUUCUCAAAAACAGAAUCACAUAUACCCUUAAAAGAGAAUACAGAAAUCAGUAUAGUAACAUCAGCAAUAUCUUUAAUAUGAGAAAUGUAGUCCUAUUUUUUUUUUAAAGGAAGUGAUAAAGUGCAAACGGUUUUUGUGAUAGUUGGUGCAAACCCAAUCUAAAAAUCGGCAGGUUAAUUGUCAAGGAUCCCACUUUUGCAGCAAGUAUUUGUCCCCUUUUGUCCUCCAUUAAUACUUUCAACUUGAUUUUGUUAACAUUGCAGCAAUUUUGUGGAAUUGUAGUCUCUUAGCAAUAUCUAGUGGUGUUUCAUGAUUCUGUAAUGGAAAAAAUAAAUCAGAACUUACAUAAACAAUAUCAUGAACUUAUAUAUAUUUUCACAACUUCGUUUUAAACCAUACUUGAAUAAAAAAGCACAUGUACAAUGUUGGUUUUACAGCACUACAAAUCAACUUCUCACCAGUUUCAAAAUCCAGUGAGUCUCCCAACCACUGCAAUUUGCCCAAGCACUCGCCUGAUUUUCAGUUGACAUGAAUUGCAAAUACGAGAAACUUGCUGCUAUUUAAAACACCAUUAGAUCUCCAUCAUGUUGAUUUCAAAUUAUUUUCUUUGAAAACAUAAGUGAUUCUCACCCCAACAAAUGAUUUUUUUUUAUUUCUUUUUAUUAUCUCUUAAUUUAACAAGUUGCAACAAAUCAUUAAACUACAGUAUAUUAGCAGAAUAAUUAUUUAUUGUGAGAACUUAAUGUGUUUAAUGAAAAUUGGUGUCUUAUAAUCAAUGUUACUGCUAUUUUAUAAACGCAAUAAGCUACUGGAUGCUGUGCAUUGCAGCGAUUUAAUGAUCUCCUAGUUAAAAUUUGAAAACAACUGAAAUAAGAGAUAAGGUUACUAAUCCUUCUGUAUCAUUUGAUGUAAAAAGUAAUUGUGCAAUGAUCACAUGA